UCUCUUCGCGCAUGUUCACAGUCUCCGGCUGGACGGUGUUAUCUUCUCCGCUCAGAGCUGAAGUAGGUCGGCUGUGUUAUCGGGAAAGACUUUCGUCUCUUCCGUCGGGAUCACUGUCUGCGGGCCGAAGAUAUCACUUUCCCAUCGACCUGCAGUGAGAGAUUUAUUGGAAGAAAACCCACGACUGAAGACAAGGGAACAGCAACAUGUGAACCAGCCCGAGGAUUGAGAGCAUCAACUGGAGAGGACCCAUCUGACUCUGAGAUUCCAGUGAUUCGGUCAGGAGAAAGUUGUGUUAAAAACAAGAAGGAAUUUGUCUCCAGGAAGUUCAAACAUGGCACACCAGUUUGGUUGUUUCUGUCCAGAUAUUUAAGAAGUGGAGCAAGGGAUUCAAUCGAUCAUCCUUCCUGCUCAGAUUGUGGGGAGGGAUUCACUCGGUCAUUUUACCAACUGGCACGCCCUUCAUUUUACACAGGAGAAAGUCUAUUCACCUGCUCAAAUAGAGGGAAUGGAUUCACUCGGUUAUCACAAUUGAAGGUACAUCAGCACAUUCACACUGGGCAAGGCCAUUCACCUGUUCUGUGUGUGAGAAAGGAAUCAGUCAGUCUUCCCACCUGUGGACACACCAGUCAGUUCACUCUGGGCAGAGGCUGGUGAUCUGCUGAAUAUCUGGGAAAGGAUUCACUCAGUCAUCUGACCUAAUGGCACACCAGCGUGUUCACACUGGGGAGAGGCUGUUCACCUGCUCAGAGUGUGGAAAGGGAUUCACUCGGUCAUCCACCUUACUGGUACAUCAGCGAGUUCACACUGGGGAGAAGCCGUACACCUGCUCAGUCUGUGGGAAGAGAUUCACUGAGUCAUCCACCUUACAGAAUCAUCAGCGAGUUCAUACUGGGGAGAAGCCGUUCACCUGCUCAGAAUGUGGGAAGGGAUUCAGACAGGUAUCCCAUCUACUGAGUCAUCAGCGAGUUCACACUGGGGAGAAGCCGUUCACCUGCUCAGAAUGUGGGAAGAGAUUCGCUCACUCAUCCAACCUACUUAGUCAUCAGCGAGUUCACACUGGAGAGAGGCCAUUCACCUGCUCAGAGUGUGGGAAGGGAUUCACUCGGUCAUCUCAACUACUGACACACCAGCAAGUUCACACUGGGGAGUGGCCUUUCACCUGCUCAGAAUGUGGGAAGGGAUUCACUGAGUCAUACACCUUACUGGUACAUCAGCGAGUUCACACUGGGGAGAAGCCUUUCACCUGCUCAGAAUGUGGGAAGAGAUUCACUCAGUCAUCCAAUCUACAGAGACAUCAUCGAGUUCAUAUUGGGAAGAAGCCGUUUACCUGCUCAGAAUGUGGGAAGAGAUUCGCUCACUCAUCCAACCUACAGAGUCAUCAGCGAGUUCACACUGGGGAGAAGCCGUUCACUUGCUCAAACUGUGGGAAGAGAUUCACUCGGUUAGCUAACCUACAGAGACAUCAGCAAGUUCACACUGGGGAGAAGCCAUUCACCUGCUCGGUCUGUGGGAAAGGAUUCACUCAGUCAUCCCAAAUACUGGAACACAAGUCAGUUCAUAGUGGGGAGUGGCCAUUGUUAUGA